UCUAAAAAAAUCUCAGGAUUAAUAAGCUUCAAAAUUUUAAUGAUUCUUAAAUUAAUAUUGAUGUGAGUUCAUAUUGCAAAAUAAUCGUCAAUCCAAUGACCUAACACUGUAACAAUUUCAAAUCCUGAGUACCUUAUAUACACAACUUUCAACACCACAGACACCACAUUUUCUCCCAUAAAGGCUACUCUAGGCCCUUCAGGAGCAACUUACUAUGCUUCUGCUUCAGGGACGCAAACUGUAGUAUUUGGCAAAGAAGACACCACCGGAAAUAUCGUGUGGUCGAAGUCCUAUAACCCCUUAAAAAUCUUUCAGAAGGGAUUCAUGAUAUCAUGGGAUGAAGAAGCACUUUAUGCCAUGAGUGACUCAAGCACCACUAGCAUAGCCAUCAACAAGAUAAGCCCCUCUACUGGAGAGCUUGUUAAAGAAUACGAAGAGACUAACCACAGAAGUUAUGCAAGUUCCAGAACAAUGUGGAGCAAAUUUCAGUUAUCUCCUGAUAAUACGGUGAUGUUCUAUACAGCAGUAACUUCAGCUCAUAAAGGAGUGCUAUGAAAAUUUACAGUAACUGGCACAACUUCUGAUUGUUUUGAAGCUGGAAAUUUACAAGACUUGACCACUCUUUUGUAUGUAAACUCUACACAUUUAUUCAUCACAGCAAGAGAUAUUAGCACAUACAGACCGAUAAUUGCCAUGGUUGAGUGGGGCCAGGCUACUCCUGCCUGGCAAAAUAGAAGAGGCUGUUACCCAGCAAAUAAUUGUAAAGUCAGACUUGGAAGUGCCAUGCUGAGUGCAGACAAAACAAAAAUCUAUAGCUUUUUCGCUCAAAACUCAAAUCGAUACCUCACAUUCGCAAUAUAUAAAGUUGAUACUGGAGCCAUAGUAGGCCAGAGGUAUACAUCAAAUUUGAAUGGCAUCCAAGGAUGAUGGGAUGUACAACUUCGUAGUGAUAUUCUCUACUACCUUGUAUAUCAAAACUCAUAUGCAGAACUCUACACUUACAAUAUAGCUUCUGAUAGCUGGCUUGAUUAUUUCAGAACAGAUCCACCAUUCGGAAGCCUUCUCGAAAACAGCCAAAGAGAUGUAAUUAUUGUGUAUGGACAGAAAAAUAAUAAAACAUAUAAAAUAAGAUUUUACAAAAGUGUGUCGAAUUUAUAA